GGGUGCGCCUCCGCCGGGUCCCGCUGCUGCAGCCGCGCCAUGCGGGUCCCGCUGCCCGCGCUGCUCGGCGGCUCGGCGCUGCUGCUGCUGCUGCUGCGAUGGCGGCGGCGCCGGGCGCUCUGGAGGAAGGUGGCGGAGGCGCAGGAGCGGCAGGAGCGCAGCCUGGUGCGGAUGGACGCGGUGGCGCGGCGCUUUCGGGAGCAGCAUCCUUCYGUGGACGUGGUCUCCAUCCUCUCUCUGCCUUUGCCGGAGCUCACCAAGAAACUCCGAGAUGGCUCCCUCCCUCCAGACCACGUCUUCUACGCCUAUGUGGGCAAGGCCCUCCAAAUCGCCACAGAAACCAACUGCAUCACAGAGUUCCUUCAGGAAAGCGAGGCCCAGCUCCGCAAGGCCAAGCUGGUGGGAAAGGAAGAGCGGGGUCUGCUCUAUGGGGUGCCAGUCAGCAUCAAAGACUCCAUCGACUGCCAGGGUCACGAUUCCACGCUGGGGUUCAUAAAAAACCUCAAUAAACCCGCAGCAGAGGACAGYGUGGUGGUGCAGGUGCUCAAGAGACAGGGGGCAAUUCCAUUUGUCAAAACCAAUGUUCCCCAGUCCCUCAUCAGCUAUGACUGCAAGAAUUUAAUCUUUGGUCAGACACGCAACCCCCUGCUCUACACCAGAACCCCUGGGGGCUCCUCUGGCGGAGAAGGGGCACUGGUAGGAGGUGGUGGGUCCAUCCUGGGCAUUGGCACAGAUGUAGGAGGGAGCCUGCGUUUCCCUGCUGCCUUCUGYGGGAUCUGUGCAAUCAAACCCACUGGGAACAGACUCAGCAAAAGAGGAAUAAUGUCYGGAGUCGUGGGGCAGAAGGCAGUGGCUGCAGCAGUGGGGCCGCUGGCAAAAGACGUGGAGAGCCUGGCGCUGUGCCUGCGGGCGCUCCUGAGCGAGGACAUGUUCAGCCUGGACAGCACAGUGCCACCCCUGCCCUUCAACGAAGAGGUUUAUUCCAGCACAAAACCCCUCCGCAUCGGCUACUACGAGACCGAUUUCUUCACCAUGCCCAGCCCGGCCAUGAGGCGCGCCGUCCGUGAGACCAAGCAGCUCCUGGAGGAGGCCGGCCACACGCUGGUGCCCUUUGAACUCACAAACGUGGACUACGUGAUCUUUAACUACUGCGUCAGGGGAAUGUUUGCAGAUGGAGGCAGCUCCUUUGUCAGGAAAUUCAAAGGGGAGAUGGAGAAAAGCAGCAUGGGGAUGUUCUUCUGGGUGGCAAAGGCACCACACUGGCUGAAAACUCUCCUCUCCUGGAUUGCUAAACCUUUCGUACCUCGAUUGUCAAGUAUCAUAAGAAGCAUGACAGAAAACACAGUGGAUGAAGUCUGGAGCCUUCAUCGUGAAAUCGAGGACUUCUGCCACCAGUUCAUUGGGCAGUGGAAGAAGCUGAAUCUGGAYGUCAUGCUCUGUCCCAUGCUGGGGCCGGCUCUCGGCAUCGGCUAUCCUGCCAAGCUCUCAGUGGCAGUCAGCUACACCAUGCUCUACAAYGCCCUGGACUUCCCGGCCGGCGUGGUCCCCGUCACACUGGUGACAGACGAGGACGAGGAGGAGCUGAGGAACUACAAGGGAUACUACCAGGACUGGUGGGACCGGACCCUGGUGAAGGUNNNCCGUGGCAGCGUGGGGAUGCCCGUGGCCGUGCAGUGCGUGGCCCUGCCAUGGCAGGAGGAGCUGUGCCUGCGCUUCAUGAAGGAGGUGGAGACCCUCAGCCUGAAGAAGAACAGCUUGUUCUGAGCCCCAGGUGCUCGGCCAGAGCAGGAUCCCAGCUAACAGAGGCGUGGAUCAUCCUCUGGUCUGACCCACAGAACUCUUGUUCCCCUCAGUGAGGAUACAGUGAUGGCUGGGCUGGCUGCCAGCUUUGGGGGCAAGGGGACAGUGAGGUGAGCUCUGAUGUGGUGGAGCUCUUCCAGUCAUUGUCCUAAUCCAAUCUUUGUCCUAAUACAGUACUUUUUAAUAUCUGA